UUAACUGGGCCACGGCGCCGCUGCUGGUGUUUCAGGGCAGGGGAGCGCGGCGCCUGGAGCGGGCGCGCCGGGCCCCUGUCCCAUGGCGUCCGUGCUGGAGGAUCCUAUCUUAAUUCGUCCCUUUAAAGGCCACAAAGCUGCAGUCACCGGCGUUGACUUCAGCCCGACCACCACGGCACUUGCCUCAUCAUCUUUGGAUAGGUUUCUUAUGAUAUGGAAUUUGAAGCCACAGUCUAGAGCUUUCAGAUUUGUGGGUCAUGUAGAAGCUGUGACCAGUGUACAAUUUUCACCAGAUGGGCACCUCAUGGCAUCUGCUUCUCAGGAUCGGACUGUUAGACUAUGGAUUCCCUGUAUUCAUGGAGAAUCUACAGCCCUGAAAGCCCAUACUGCACCUGUCCGUAGUGUGAACUUCUCACAUGAUAGCCAGUUCCUAGUUACAGCAUCCAAUGACAAAUCAAUAAAAGUAUGGAGUGUCCACCACCAGCGCCUUUUGUUUUCCUUAUCCCAGCACACACACUGGGUUCGCUGUGCCAAAUUUUCACCUGAUGGAAGAUUAAUAGCAUCUUGCAGUGAGGAUAAAACUGUUAAAAUCUGGGAUGCAGCAAAUAAAAUAUGCAUUGAUAGCUUUACAGACUAUGAAGGGUUUGCAAACUAUGUUGAUUUCAAUCCAAGUGGUACAUGUGUAGUUUCUGCGGGUUCUAAUCAUACAGUGAAGCUCUGGGAUAUUCGAAUGAACAAGUUGCUGCAGCAUUACCAAGUUCACAGAGGAGGAGUUAAUUGUGUAUCAUUCCAUCCUUCUGGUAACUAUCUCAUCACUGCUUCUGCUGAUGGUACCCUUAAAAUUAUGGAUCUUUUAGAAGGAAGACUUAUAUAUACGCUUCAUGGACACAAGGGACCUGUGCUUUCUGUGGCCUUUUCCAAAGGUGGGGACAAAUUUUCAUCAGGUGGAGCUGAUGCACAGGUAUUACUGUGGAAGACCAAUUUUGAUACAUUUAACUAUAAGGAAGUUCUUAAACAACAUAUUAGAAGAAUACAUACUGAUGAUCCACCUCACCUUCUUGAUAUUUAUCCAAGAUCACCUCAUCCCCAUGAUGGGCAAUCUCAGUCAAUUGAGAUAGAUCCUAGCUUUGAUGUGACAGAUACACAAACGCUUGACCCACCUGUUGUAGAUAUUAGUUCCUCCGUGUAUUUCAGUUCUCCGUCAAGGACACCUGGCUCUUCAAAUGGAAUUUCCCCAUUCAAAGAUGAUAUGAGCAGUGAAGAUCUGCGGUAUCGUCCUGCUUUGUUCUCACCCACAAGCUCAAGAAGGAGGCUGGAGGACGAGGUUGAACCAGCUGUGUGUACCGUGGACAAGCGCAUAGGCAUCUCGCCAGCUCUGGGUAAUGCUUUAGAGCACAUUGUGGAGCAGCUGGAUGUUUUGACUUUAACUAUUUCAAUCCUGGAGCAGCGACUGACUUUGACUGAAGAUAAACUGAAAGAAUGCUUAGAAAAUCAACACAAAAUGUUACUUCAAGCCAGGCAAGGAGAAUAAAAAGUACAAAUGUAUUUGAUCUGUACUGCUGAAUAGGUUUCAUACAUUCUCAGGGUACUAAUAAAUGAUGAUGCCUUAUUUAAUCUCACAAUAAGCGAAAAGGAAAUUUUGUCUCUUAUUUUAACCUGUUGCUGUAAGGAGAAAAAAAUGAAAAAGCACAUGCAGUAUAUUUUAAAAAUCACAGUGGCAAACUAACGUUUGGUUAACAUAUUUUAUAAAAUGUAGUUUAGCAGAAGAUUAAUACAGUUUUAAUACACAUUUUGGGUGACUCUUUGACAUCCAUAGAGUGAGGAUUUCGCUCUUUAUUUUGUUUGUUACCUCUCAACCUUUCAUCUUCAUUACAUUCUACCAGUUGGCAGCCUAUACUUAAAUAUUUUUCCAGGCAGGCCUAAGAAACUUUGUUAAAAGCACUGAACAACAAACUAUGCAAUCUAGAUGGAAGGCAUUUAUUGUGGAAGGAGGUAAGGCAGCUUUUUCAACCUAAGUGAGACUUACUUAAAAUGAAGUUGCCUUAAGAACAGCAGGUAGAAAUUGUACACAUAGAGAAGUGAUAGGACCUGCCCAACUCCUAAAAAAUUUCAGGGGGAUUUUAGGGAAUUCUGUUUUUUUAAGGGUAAGCAGAUUUUUUAUUACAAAUAUGAAAUAUAGUCCCUCCUGCAUCCCAAGCCUCUGCCCCAGCCUUGAGUCCCCACCAAGAGACAGCACCCCAUACCACCUCCUGCACCCCAACCCCUUGCCCCAGCCCUGACCACUCUCCCAGAGCCAGCACCCCGUAUGCCCUCUUGCACCCCAGCACUCUGCCCCAGCCUGGAGCCCCCUCCUAUAUCCAUACUUCCUCCCAGAGCUUGAACCCCUCAACCCCUCCUGCACCCCAACCCCUGCCCAAGGCUCAGCCUGGAGCCCCCUUCCCACACUGCGAACUCCUCAGCACUAGCCCAGAGCCUGCAUCUGCUCCCCAACCCCUGUCCCAGCCCAAUGAAAGUGAGAGAGAGUGGGGAGAACGAGCGACGGAGAAAAGAGUGGAUGUAGUAAGCAGGCCAGGGCUUCGGGAAAGGGGUAGGGCCUCAGGGAAGGAGUAGGGUACAUCCUGGUUUGCCCUUACAUUCAAAAAAUGAUCUUGGAUCUAAAAAGAUUGGAGACCACUGGUAUAGCUGAACUCCUUUUCCUGCGUUGAGCUGCACUGAAAUCACCAGAGCUCUGCUUGAGCACAAGGGCACACCCAUGGAGAUUCGAUUGCAGAACUGAGGUCAAAGGGGCAAACAACAUAUCUCAAACAUUGUUAUUUAAAACUCUGUCAUGAUCACCCAUUUCUGACCAUGUAUCACCGGAAUCUGUGAUGCAUAAUAAUCUGUGAAUUUGGUCGAUGGAUAUAUGUAACUGAUCAGAUCACAUAUUUACAUUUUGAUCUUGAACUGUACUUGUUGUUGGGGAAGAGAUAUUUCAUAGGCAACUAGCCUUUCAAUUUGGUUGUCUGGAUGCAGACUUAUUAAAUAUCUUCUAUAAUGAAAGUCAUUGUUGCAAUCUUAUCUAUAAGUUUAAGAUAGAUCUGACCUUGGAUUAUGCAAUUAUUUAUACCACUAUACAAUGUGUGGCUACAUAAAUUCUAACUUUUAGAUCAAUGUACUUUGCUGCUUAAAUUUUAAUAUUUUCACAUUCUUCCUUAACACUGAGUUUUCCUCAUUUGAUUGAGAGGAUUAAGGGCUUGUCUACACAGAGCAGCAAUGCUCACUACAAGGUGUGAUUUCUGAAGCACACUAAUGUGUUUCACAUUAAUUGAUCCAUGUAGACCCUGCUGAUGUGCACUAAAGGUUCCCUAGAGUACAAUUUAGCAAAGUGCAGUUUGAAAUAGGAAAUCACCCCCCCAGUAUUUAUUACCCCAUCAUGUCGAUAAGCACUUAGAAAUGUAGCCCUUUAAAUCUCAUGCAGUUACUAU